UUGCGGAGCCCAGUAGUAAAAACUUUCUCCACGCGAUUCUUCACACGUUACGCAUUUAAGAACUGACAGCAGCAAAGUUACGAGACUACAAAGAUAAUAAAAAUACUCGACGGGAAAGUAAAAAAUUGACAGUGAACUCGCAAGUGUGACAAGUACGCAGUCAGCUGAGGAUUGCAGGUGUUGGCGCGGAAGUGAGAAUUUGUUUUGUUCCAAAGUUAACAAAGCUGCAAGUGCAACAACAAGUGUGGACCAACAGUAACUACGCAAAAAUGCGACACAGUAAACGAACGCUGCACAGCCUAAGCAAUAGCAACAACAUACCGUGGCUAUUGCUGCUAUGUCUGCUCAUCGCCUCACCAGCCACCACCAUGGCAGCUAGACGUUCGCGUCUCGAUCAGGCUGAAAGCGCACAACCUAUCGCCCCAAACGCCGACGCCGCCUCCACCGCCACGAAGGACAGCAAUUUGCCUAUUGCCGAACAACAACAGAUCGCCACAGCCGCAUUAGUCGAUGCAGCAGUACCACCAGUAGUAGCACCUGUGGCAGCACCGGUUUCCACGGUCACAGCCAGUAACAAUGUCGAUGCUGCAAACAGCGAUGAUGCGAAGCGUCAAUCAGAAGAGUCUGCAGUCGGUAGCAAAACACCGGCUGUCGCUACCGAUUUGGGGGGUGGCUCCGAGGCAAAACAUGCCAUUGACAAUGCGGUGGUGGCCAGCGAAGCGGAAAGUGAACCACAACAGCAUGUUGAUGUGCGCUCGGAUGCUGCAGCAGCGUUAGCGUCGGCGGCGACGGCGGAGGUGCCGGUUGCAGCACCUGCGGCACUCAGUUCGACAACCACGGCUGCGGUAGCGUCGGCUGAAAAGUCGACUGCACCUGAACAACACAAUGCCGAUGAGGAGGAUCAAUUACCCAAGGAACAGAAAGAAUUGCCGACAGAGAUUGGCGAUGAGGACAUUGACUUGUUGGAUGGCAGCAGUAGCGUUGGUUCGGUUAGCGGCGGACACGAUGGUAACACGGUUGAGGAAUGCGAUCCGGAGUUGAUUGGCUUCGAAAUUGUGACAGGUUACGUUUUCUCCGCUCCAGGAAAACUAUUAAAUUCACUGCCUGGCACAUUAAUGUUGACCGAUUGCUUAGAGGCUUGCCAAUCGAAUGAGGCUUGUCGUGCUGUGAACUAUGAAACUGGCUUGUGUGUACUCUUCUCGGCUAAUGCAGAUAAGUUACCAGGCGCACUCACCAAGUCGCAAUUCCCUGUCUUCACAAUUUAUGCACAGAAAUCAUGUCUCGGCAUUCGGCCGUGCGCACGUGCCUGGUGUGUUGACCGCGUGCAGGGCUACAAGCUAAAUGGCUAUGCAAAGCGCACGAUACCAGUGAUUUCGCGACGUGAUUGUUUGGAGUUGUGUUUGGGCGAAACCGAUUUCACAUGCAGAUCGGCCAACUAUUAUCGCAGCAGCCAGACUUGUGAGCUCUCCGAAAUGGAUCGCAUUACGUUGGCCGGCAGUGGCGCAUUCCAGCCGCACGAUGCUGUCGAUUAUCUGGAGAAUAACUGCGCCGAUGAGCCAAAUAAAUUGUGCGAGUUCAAACGCUUGUCCGGCCGCAUAUUGAAAACGGUGGAUUCGGUGUAUCAGGAUGUUGGCAGCAUUGAUGAGUGUCGUGAUUUAUGCUUGAACUCGCCGUACAGAUGCCACUCAUACGACUAUGGUGAUACCGGCGAUAUGGUCUGCCGUCUUUCGCAUCACAGCCGCGCUACACUCUCCGACGUGCAAGAUCCCUACCUAGAAGUGCCUGAAGCUGCCACCUACGAACUGUCAUCCUGCUAUAAUGUGACCAUCGAAUGCGGCGCCGGCGAUAUGAUUGCACGCAUACGCACCUCCAAACUGUUCGACGGCAAAGUAUAUGCUAAGGGUUCGCCUAAAUCUUGUGCGGUCGAUGUAAAGAAUUCACUGGACUUUGAGCUGCGCAUGGGCUAUCAGGAUCUGGAAUGUAAUGUACGUCAAAGCGGUUCGGGACGUUAUAUGAACGAUGUGGUGAUACAACAUCAUGACACGAUUGUUACAUCAUCUGAUUUGGGUUUGGCUGUUACCUGUCAAUAUGACUUGACCAACAAGUCGGUAUCGAAUGAAGUUGAUCUUGGUGUAAAGGGUGAUAUUGAGCCGGCACUCAGCGAAGAGGUUAUUGUCGAUUCACCGAAUGUGAUAAUGAAGAUCACGUCACGUGACGGUUCCGAUGUUAUGCGUUCGGCUGAAGUUGGUGAUCCCUUGGCGCUCAAAUUCGAAAUACUCGACGAACACAGUCCCUACGAGAUCUUUGUACGCGAGCUGGUGGCCAUGGAUGGUACUGAUAAUUCUGAAAUUACGCUCAUCGAUUCGAAUGGUUGUCCCACGGAUCAUUUCAUUAUGGGACCGAUCUAUAAGAGUUCGUUAUCUGGUAAAAUUCUGCUCUCACACUUUGACGCUUUCAAAUUCCCCUCUUCGGAAGUUGUACAAUUCCGUGCGCUCGUCACACCUUGUAUGCCGACAUGCGAACCAGUGCAAUGUGACCAAGAGGAUAUUGGUGGUGAAUUCAAGUCGUUGAUUUCAUAUGGACGCAGGAGGCGAUCAUUGAAUGUAACAGCAACAUUUGCCGGUACUGUGCAGAGUAGCCAUGAACAACACAAACAACAACUGCUGGCGGAGCAAGAGCGCUUGCGCAGCCAACAACAGCAAUUGCGCCUGCGCAACAGACGCGAAACUGUGGCCACGACCAGCAGCAAACCUAGUCAAGAGGACAUGCUUUUGGUACAAUCAAUUCAGAUCACUGACAAAUUUGGCUUCGAUAAGCAGCAGCAACAACAACAGCCCAAAUCGACGGCAUACGAUAGCAACGAGACGAUUUUCAUUAGCGGCGAGGCAGGACAAGGAUACUGUGUUAAUGCGAUUGGUCUCAUUGUUGCCGUCACUGUCUUCUUGUUGGCACAGCUCGCGGUCAUUGCCAUCUGGACCUAUCUGCACCAACGACGCCGAAAGCAACAACACUACAGCAAUGAGGGACUCAGCAGCGCCUCCAGCUAUGGUUCACACAAUGGCGGCUCGACAAUGGUGACUAGUGUGCCGAAUGCGCGAUCGGAAUCGUUAUGCAAGCUAUACGAUAGCGGUUUCGCAGGACGACAUGGACGCCAAUUCUAGACGAGUAGUUGAAAUGAGAACAGAAAAACACAAAGAAGGCAACAAAAAAAAAAAAAGAAAUAUAUGGGAAGAGAACAAACGAUAAACCACCUUAUAAGGAUUUAUUGAGUAAUUGAGGCGAAGUGUCGGUUCGUUUUGGGGGUACAGUCUGAGGAAGAAAAACAAAAAACGCGCGUAUUCUUGCCGCAAGUAGUUAGAGGAUGCAAUAGAACACUUAACCGAUGCAAUAUGACGAAAAUUAUAACGAUGAACGCCAUUAAGUAAGGGAAGCAAAGGAAAAUGAAGUGCAGGCGUUGCUUAGCAGAUUUAAUAUGCGAUUUAAUAUUCGAGGUGCGUUCCGAUGAAACUCACAUGGUGCCGGAUAGUAAAUCUCGUAGGCAAUAUUAUAACCAAUACACAUUGCUAAUAUUGAUUACAGUAAUGAAUAGUUUAUAUUAUUAUA